GCCCGCCGACGCGUAUGACCGCGACCGCCGCCGUCCGACCGCCCCGACACGCGCGCCACCACGGUUGCAAGCGGCACUUCGCAGUCCUCCGUGCGAACAAUAUUUUCAUCGUACGGAUAUUCGCUGAAGCAGUCGGCGGCUCCAGUGUGUCGUGCUGUCGCUGUGGAUCAGGAGGUGCUUUUAUACACACGCGCGCGCGCACUCACAUCACAGACCGUCGCUACAGGUACAUCCACUGCAAUCGCGACGACCAUGACCGGGUCGGACGACAACAACGGCGAUUCGGACAAUGCCGGCGCCGGGGUGGGCGACGACGGCGACGGAAGGGCCCGGCGCCGCGACAAGUUUUCCGCCGGGGCGUUGCUGACCUCCGCGGCCGCGACACUGCUGUGGUGCGUCCUGUUUACAGCCUUCGUGUCGCAGCCGCGUGCCGUGGCCGGCGUUCAGCUGUACACGAACACGUUCGCUGUGAGGCUACACUCUGGCGUCCGGGACGGUACCGGGCACGUAGACGAGGCGGUGGCCCACAGUGUUGCCAAGAGGGCCGGCAGCGGGUUCGAAAACAUCGGCAAGAUUCGUGGUACUAAGGAUGAAUUCCAAUUCGUGCAUCACGGAUUACCAAAAAUACGUGGCCGCCGUUCUCUACCUUCAGUUUUACUUUUGAAGAAGGAUCCAUCUGUUAAGUCUGUUCAUCAACAACCAGGAUUCAAGAGAGUGAAACGUGGGUACAAACCAUAUAUCCCAUCUUUAUACUUGAAUAGAGAUGAAUUUAUUGCAAGUCAAUACAGACAAUAUUCUGUUAAACCAAUUGAAAUCGAUGACGAUCUGGAUCGUUAUGGUAAGUUACCAAUGGAUCCAUUAUUCAAGGAGCAAUGGUAUCUGAGGAAUACAGGACAAAACGGUGGUAAACCAAAAUUGGAUUUGAAUGUACGAGCCGCUUGGGCUCAAGGGGUAUCAGGCAAGAACGUAACUACAGCUAUAAUGGAUGACGGAGUGGAUUAUACACACGAAGAUCUAAAAUAUAAUUACAACGCACGAGCUAGCUACGAUUUUAGUUCAAAUGAUCCAUACCCGUAUCCUAGGUAUACCGAUGAUUGGUUCAACAGCCAUGGUACACGUUGUGCCGGGGAAGUGGCAGCUGCACGUGAUAAUGGUGUUUGUGGUACCGGUGUGGCAUAUGACUCAAAAAUCGCCGGGAUCCGGAUGCUCGAUCAACCGUACAUGACGGAUCUCAUCGAAGCUAAUAGUAUGGGUCACGAACCAGAUUUGAUUGAUAUUUACAGUGCUUCUUGGGGACCCACAGACGAUGGACGAACAGUAGACGGGCCUCGUAACGCCACUAUGCGAGCUAUAGUCCGUGGCGUCAAUGAAGGUCGUCGUGGGAAGGGUAAUAUAUACGUGUGGGCUAGCGGUGAUGGCGGGGAGGCUGAUGAUUGCAACUGUGAUGGAUAUGCCGCUAGUAUGUGGACGAUAUCGAUAAAUUCAGCUAUAAAUGAUGGACAGAACGCUCAUUAUGACGAGAGUUGUUCAAGCACAUUGGCAUCAACUUUCAGCAAUGGCGCCAAAGAUCCCAAUACUGGAGUAGCGACUACAGAUUUGUAUGGUAAAUGUACUAAAUCCCACAGUGGAACAUCAGCUGCUGCACCGGAAGCUGCAGGCGUGUUCGCUUUAGCCCUGGAAGCAAACCCAGAUUUGACUUGGAGAGAUAUACAACACUUGACCGUAUUGACUUCAAAACGAAAUUCUUUAUUUGACGCCAAACGUAGAUUUCAGUGGACAAUGAACGGUGUGGGCUUGGAAUUUAAUCAUUUGUUUGGAUUUGGGGUGCUUGAUGCUGGAGGUAUGGUCUCACUUGCCCGACAGUGGCAUACUGUACCUGCUAGAUAUCAUUGUCAAGGAGGAUCACAUACGAAUAUCAGGAAAUUUACAACUAAGUCAGGCAUUAUAUUGAAAUUGAAUACUGAUGCAUGCCGUGACACCGAUACCCAUGUCAAAUACCUGGAACACGUACAAGCUGUAAUCACACUCAAUGCUUCAAGACGUGGUGACGUUGAACUUUUUUUGACAUCUCCGAUGGGCACAAGGUCGAUGAUAUUAAGUAGAAGGCCUAAUGAUGACGACCGAAGAGAUGGAUUUACAAAAUGGCCAUUUAUGACAACGCAUACAUGGGGUGAAUAUCCGUGGGGCGAAUGGAUACUCGAGGCGAAAUUCAAUACACCGAAUCGGUUUUCCCAACAAGGCGGGACACGGACGAACAAUGGGCAGGCGUCUAGAGCGGACUCUACGUUGGCAGCUAACAGUGAUUUGACAGCAAAUGGGGACGGGUCGUCGGCAGACCGGGAUUCUGGCGGAGAAGAGGGAGAGGAUGACGAUUACGAUACAGUGCACACGGGUUUCCUGAAGGAAUGGACCCUGAUGCUGCACGGGACCCGGGAACCGCCGUACAGCCAACUGUCGGUCCGAGAUCCCCAUUCCAAACUGGCAAUUGUCAAGAAAGCGCACACCAUAGCUGGACCCGAGACUAGCGCAUCACCACAGAAGCAGAGCGCAUAUUAGAUUUAAAGAAGCUGAAAUUAAGACACCAAUGAAAUAAUCACUAAGGGAAUAUCGCGAUUGCCGUUUACAAACUUAUACAAUUAUUAAUCUAUUAUUAUAGUAUAUACAUAUACAUAUAUAUUAUAUUAUAUUAUAAUGAUUUCCCCAACAACAGUCCCUCAUAUUAUUAUAUUAUUGUCAAUGUGACGCGUAGACGUAUUAUAUAUUAUAUUAUAUUAUAUUUUUCAAAGAAUCUAUUCCCAUAUUAUAUAUUUGAUUUUAUCUUCAAAUCAUUUACUCCAAUUUAAAAAAAAAUUAAAUAUUAUAUGAUUAAUUAGAUAAUUAUUUACAAUUGUCCUACUAUAUUAUACCAUAUAAUUUUCAUCGAAAUAUACGUAUAUAUUAUAGCCUCAGUAAUAUUCUAGUCUGAGAUAACGCCAAAUAAGUAUUAAUGUUAUUAUACAUAAUAUAUUAAUUAUAUAUGUAUAAUUUAGAAUAUAUUUAUAGGAAGUAAAUUAUCGUAUUUUAAGUACCUAUAUUUACCUUUCUAAUGCCUAUAAAUACACACGGUAUAUAUUUGUUUUUGUUAUCAUUGUCCCAUUCAUAAGUAUAGGGUGGGUACCUAUUAUAUCUAUAUACCUAUUUUUAAGUAUAUAGGUCCUUACUGGACCAAUGACCAAUCAAGUGUCUAAGACUUUUUAUAAAUUAAAUAAGUUUACUAGUUCUAUUAAUUUCAAAAACCUAUGAAGUACCUAUCUACUUUUCACAAUUGCAGAAUUAAUAUAUAAUUCAUUGUUGUAUCUAAUUCAGUAUUUCACUAUGAUUACAAAAUAUUCAUUGUUAA